AUGGUUCUCAUCAAGAAAAUCUGUCCUCCAGAACGGCGCAAAGCCACCAUCGCCGUGUCAGCAUCUCCAUCAUCACCCACCCUCUCCAUCAACAACAACCAGCAGGACUUCCAACUCCGCAUCUCGCUCCGCAUCGCGGAAACCACCCGCCCAGGCCAAGCCAUCACCAUCAGCACCAACGGCACCGUAUUCGCGCCGCUCAACCCGGCAGGCCAAGUGGACACGCUUUCCCGGGGCACCGUCUCGCUGGCGGCGGUCGUCGAGCCGCCCGUCGAAGGCAACCUCCGUCGCUAUAUCCAGCUCGGAAACUUCAAGACGCAUGAAGCGCGCCGGGAGUCGCCGCCGGCGGACCUGAAGGAGCGGCCGUGGGUGCACCUCUUGACCAUUCCCGCCGAGGGCAGCGUCGAGGUUGCGCACGACCUGCCCGUCAGCCGCAUCUUCCGACAUGAGGAGAAGCUGACCAAGGAGGAUGUGGUGGGCGAGUCGUGGCGGUUCAGGCUGAAUGAUGGUUACGUGGGGACGACGUGGUGGUGCUGGGGAGAUCUGGAGGGUGAUCUGAAGGAGAAGCGGCUGUCGCCUUGGCAUGAGGGUAUGCUUUCUCGGUCGUACGGUGAGCCAAAGCCGGAUGUUGAUGAUGGCUGGGUACUGGGGUGCAAUCCUGUCGAGCUUAUCUUUGAGGAUCAGACCGCCGGUGCGGAGUUUCAGUUUGUGGAGUAG